AUGGGCUGGCCGGUCUGCAACACGACGGAGGAGGACGAGACUAUACAUGAAGUUGACUUGUGGGACGGCGGACUCACGUUCCAUGAGCUCUGUUUGAUCAUAAUCGGCGCUUUUGCGCUCGUCGCCGGCUUCAUCUCCUUCUAUUUGAUUAUGCGCCAUGCUACACAUUACAGCAAACCCGUGGAACAACGACAUAUUAUUCGAAUCUUGUGGAUGAUACCUAUUUACGCCCUCGUCGCCUGGCUCAGUACCUACUACUACAAGCACGCUGUAUACUUCGAUGUUCUCGGCGACUGUUACGAAGCGUUCACGAUUGCUGCAUUCUUUGCCUUGCUUUGCCAUUAUAUCGCACCGGAUCUGCAUAGUCAGAAGGAUUACUUCCGCGGAAUACAGCCGAAGAACUGGGUGUGGCCUGUCAACUGGCUCCAGAAAUGUUCAGGUGGAAAGAGAGGUCUGUGGAGGGUCCCGCGCAGUGGCUUGACAUGGUUCAAUGUCGUUUGGGUCGGUGUCUUUCAAUACUGUCUGUUGCGAGUGUUGAUGACCAUCGUGGCCGUCGUGACGCAGAAAUUCGACGUGUACUGCGAGCAAUCACUCAAUCCAGCAUUUGCACACAUCUGGGUUCUAGCUAUUGAGUGUGUUGCUGUCACCAUUGCAAUGUACUGCCUCAUCCAGUUCUACAUUCAAAUCAAAGAUGAGAUCAGCGAAUACUCCCCUUUCUUGAAAAUCUUAUCAAUCAAGCUCGUCAUUUUCCUUUCCUUUUGGCAAACGAGUGUCAUAUCUUUCUUGUUUUCCUCUGGAGUCAUCAGUUCUUCGAAAAAGAUGGCUGCUCCAGAUUUAAAGGUCUCGCUCGCAAACCUAAUCAUCAGUGUUGAAAUGGCCCUCUUCGCCAUCCUGCAUCUCUGGUCCUUCCCAUGGAAGCCCUACGCGACUGGCUUCCAGACUGAUGAGAUAACCGACAUGUAUGGAAAUGGUAAAACCACGUACCAAGGCGGACGCUGGGGGCUGGGCGCUCUUGCUGACUCUCUCAAUCCCAUCGACCUUGUCAGAGCUAUAGGCCGCAGUAUACGCUGGCUGUUUGUCGGACGAAAGAAGCGUACUAUGGACCCCAGCUACCAGCCAUCGACUGAAACUAUCGGCCUCAGCCAAACGGACAAUGCGGGACACACCUCUGAUACAAGGUACGAGGGCGCAGGAGCCAUGAUGGCUGGUGGUGUUUCGGGUCGUUACGGUCGUCUGGGAGACGAUGAAGGGGAGGUGCUUUUGUCCCAUGCGCAGCCCAACCCAUCGACCGCCGACCUAGGGGUCGCCCCUCCACCAUAUGAGGAGGGCAAUCACAGUCGCUCUUAUCUGGUCGGCAACCACUCAAGCGAUGGUCACCUCGCAGAGCCAGAUUUACGCGCUUCUCGGCCAAUAUCCCCCUUUGAAGACGUGCAUUCUGAACCAUCGAGGACACCAUCUGAUGAAAGCAAUUACUAUCGCAAUCCCGGGCAACACUUUUCCUCGGAGUAUUCAAGCAGCCACGGCCGCUUCCCGUCUUCGGCAGAUCUACAAGAACAGCCUCCAAUGCCUCUACCGGAUUCGUACCAGCCAUCACAUACCCGGUAUGACUCAGAUCAACGGCAUCGGUGA